AACACAAGGCUUCGUAUUUUAUUGAUUGUAGCUGUUUACAUUUUCACUGUUACGUGGCACGCAACCAUUUCUAACCAUCGAGGGAUCUGAUUUACAGUUUGGAGUUCAAGAUGAAGUUUUUCCUUCUGCUAAUUUUCUACUUUAUCAAUUUUCCUCCAGCUAAUUGCUAUUACAGCAGUGAUUCAGACAGUGAUGAGGUAAGAAUGUAUUCUCAUCGCUCUAGCAGCGAGUCUGACAGUGAUGAGCACAGCGUUAAUCUGCGGCCGGGGUAUCAACCGCAUCGUCCCUGGUCUUGGCUGUUUCCUGGUCUGUGGCCACGGCCCCCACUACUACCACCACAUCCUGCCCCACGUCCACCUCCGUGGCCACGUCCACGUCCACCUCCGUGGCCACGUCCACAUCCACCUCCGUGGCCACGUCCACGUCCAUGCCCACCUCCACGUCCACGUCCACCUCCACCUCCACCUCCACCUCCACCACCACCACCGAAACCAACCACAAAACCACCCACAACUACAACCCCAAAACCGACCACAACCCCAAAACCGCCCACAACCCCAAAACCGACCACAACCCCAAAACCAACUACAACCCCAAAACCAACCACAACCCCAAAACCGACCACAACCCUAAAACCAACUACAACCCCAAAACCAGCGACAACCCCAAAACCAACCACAACCCCAAAACCGACUACAACCCCAAAACCAGCGACAACCCCAAAACCGACCACAACCCCAAAACCGACUACAACCCCAAAACCGACAACAACCCCAAAACCGACUACAACCCCAAAACCGACAACAACCCCAAAACCGACUACAACCCCAAAACCGACAACAACCCCAAAACCGACCACAACCCCAAAACCAGUCACAACUCCAGCCCCGGGGACCACAGUCGUUACCACCACCAAGAGCCCACGAGGAGACAAUAGUUAAACUGUACUGAUCUGAGAACAGGAAAAAUGGAGUUGAUUUGGUUUGCAGUGUGUGUGUUUUGCACUGAUAUAUGUUGGUAGUGUUUUAUCCUGUUGAAGUUUGACGCAGUUUGUUUGGACCUCUUUCUGUUGGCAUGUUUUAACAUCUCAGUAUUGGUUCACAACCUUUUCACAUUCUCAUAUAUUUUCCUGUUGAUUUCUUUCAUGUUUUGCACUUUCAUAUAAUUCAAAUCCACAUAAAGUGUUUCUCAGCUCUUUUUAUGCUGCAGUCCAUAAAAACCUAAAGAAUGUUUUGAUAUAUUGUGAUGUGGCAGUUUGUCAGGGUGUGAUGAUGACUUCUGUCGGAGUUUGGUCCUUCUCGGACGGUGGCGGAGACACCUGUGGGAAGAUGCUGACGACACUCCGCUGUAAUAUCCACUCAGUGGGCGCACACAUCACCAUCCGCGGAUCAACUUAGCUUAAGAAAGGGAUGAGUGCUAAGCCUUUAAUACCCGACUCUUUGCUUCAUCAGUGAAGUCUGUCACACUGUACUUUUAUCAUGACUCAGCCCAUUCAUCACACUGCGCUGCUAGCUCUUUGCUUCAUGUAUUCACAGACACUUUACUCUACGACUACAUUAACAUUCUCACAAAAUAUGCACCUGUUUGUUAAUGUACAUUUUAAUCAGUUCUUUUUGGUGCCAAAAUGGUGGGUUUUUCACAGAUACUCGUUAUGAAUGUAAUCUUAUUCCAGGUUUUUGUUUGUUAAUGUUAAUUCAUGCUGUGUUGCAAUUUUUGUUUAGUAAUGUAAACCAGCAAACAACAGGCAGCGGUUGGUGUAAAUCAGAACUUUUAAAUCAAGCACUGAAUAAUUCCUUUUUCGUGUUGUAUAAUUUGUAUUUGG